CCGUCAGCCGCCCUCACUGCCGCGGUGCGCUGGCUGCAGGAAGCCUCCGCGCCGCCGCUUUUGUUGUCAGGGACCCCGCGAGGAGCACCGCUCGCCAGCGGCCUCCGCCGCCGCCUCUCUCUGCAGCCUGCUCUCCGGCCGCCCGUCCCGGGCGCCCCGCCCUCCCCCGCCCAUGAGGGGGCCCCGCGACCACCGCUGCCCCCAGCCCGGGGCGGCGCGGCGCUGAGGCGGAGGCGGAGGCGGAGCUGCCCCCGCUGCGGGCUGCGGUCGGCCUCGGCCCCCUCCCCGAGGGUACCAUGGAGGUGAAUGCGGGAGGUGUGAUUGCCUAUAUCAGUUCUUCCAGCUCAGCCUCUAGCCCUGCCUCCUGUCAUAGUGAGGGUUCUGAGAAUAGUUUCCAGUCCUCUUUCUCUUCUGUUCCAUCUUCUCCAAAUAGCUCUAAUUCUGAUAACAAUGGUAAUCCCAAAAGUGGUGAUCUCUCCAAUAUUGAAGGCAUUCUGAAGAAUGAUCGAAUAGAUUGUUCUAUGAAAACAAGCAAGUCGAGUGCACCUGGGAUGACGAAGAGUCAUAGUGGAGUGACAAAAUUUAGUGGCAUGGUUCUACUGUGUAAAGUCUGUGGGGACGUGGCGUCAGGAUUCCACUAUGGAGUUCAUGCUUGUGAAGGUUGUAAGGGUUUCUUUCGGAGAAGUAUUCAGCAAAACAUCCAGUAUAAGAAGUGCCUGAAGAAUGAAAACUGUUCUAUAAUGAGAAUGAAUAGGAACAGAUGUCAGCAGUGUCGCUUCAAAAAGUGUCUGUCUGUUGGAAUGUCGAGAGAUGCUGUUCGGUUUGGUCGUAUUCCUAAGCGUGAAAAACAGAGGAUGCUAAUUGAAAUGCAGAGUGCAAUGAAGACCAUGAUGAACGGCCAGUUCAGUGGUCAUUUGCAGAAUGACACAUUAGUAGAACAUGAACAGACAGCCUUACCAGCCCAGGAACAGCUGCGACCCAAGCCCCAACUGGAGCAAGAAAACAUCAAAAGCUCUUCUCCUCCCUCUUCUGAUUUUGCAAAGGAAGAAGUAAUUGGCAUGGUGACCAGAGCCCACAAGGAUACCUUUAUGUAUAAUCAAGAGCAGCGAGAAAACUCAGCAGAAACCAUGCAGCCCCAGAGAGAACGGAUUCCCAAGAACAUGGAGCAGUAUAAUUUAAAUCAUGACCAUUGUGGCAAUGGGCUUAGCAACCAUUUUCCUUGUAGUGAGAGCCAGCAGAAUCUCAAUGGACAGUAUAAAGGGAGGAACAUAAUGCAUUACCCAAAUGGGCAUGCCAUUUGUAUUGCAAAUGGACAUUGUAUGAACUUCUCCAAUGCUUAUACUCAAAGAGUAUGUGAUAGAGUUUCGAUAGAUGGAUUUUCUCAGAAUGAGAACAAGAAUAGUUACCUGUGCAACAAUGGAGGGAGAAUGCAUCUGGUUUGCCCCAUGAGCAAGUCUCCAUACGUGGAUCCUCAUAAAUCGGGGCAUGAAAUCUGGGAAGAAUUUUCAAUGAGCUUCACCCCAGCAGUGAAAGAAGUGGUGGAAUUUGCAAAGCGUAUUCCUGGAUUCAGAGAUCUCUCUCAGCAUGACCAGGUCAAUCUUUUAAAGGCUGGGACUUUUGAGGUUUUAAUGGUACGAUUUGCUUCAUUAUUUGAUGCAAAAGAGCGUACUGUCACCUUUUUAAGUGGAAAGAAGUAUAGCGUGGAUGACUUACAUUCAAUGGGAGCUGGGGAUCUGCUAAACUCUAUGUUUGAGUUUAGUGAGAAGCUGAAUGCCCUCCAGCUCAGUGAUGAAGAGAUGAGUUUGUUUACCGCAGUCGUCCUGGUAUCUGCAGAUCGAUCUGGAAUAGAAAACGUCAACUCUGUGGAGGCUUUGCAGGAAACCCUCAUCCGUGCACUAAGGACCUUAAUAAUGAAAAACCAUCCAAAUGAGGCCUCUAUUUUUACAAAACUUCUUCUAAAGUUGCCAGAUCUUCGAUCUUUAAACAACAUGCACUCUGAGGAGCUCUUGGCCUUUAAAGUUCACCCCUAAGGCCUUUGUUAUUUAAACGUGAACUGAAUCAUGCUAACUGUACAUUUUGUGCUAAAAUGCUUAUUUAUAUGUGUGUACAAUAUGUGGAGAUAGAAAAGACCUUUAAGGCAAUACAAGAUUGUAGACUCUCUCUGUAGUCAUGCAGUAGCUAUUUGGAUUGAGAUUUUUUCAGCCAUGAUUAGACAUUGACUGCAUUUCCCUGGUAGACCAAUCAGCUGUGUCGCACUUAAACUGGAGAAGUUACACUGAAUUACAGUUACACUGAAUGUUAGACUUUUUCAUCUGCCAAAACCAAAAACCAUUUUGAUCUCCCUGUGGUAUAAAUAUAACAAGCAUAUGAGGACUUAAAAAUUAAUCCUUUGUGGUAGAAGUUUGUUUUAUGAUGGAAACUUGAUUUUACCACAAGACUGUUUGAUCUGGUGAUUGGAGACUAUGCAGGGUAGGAGAUUUCCCUGUCUGUAUUACUCUGCCUCUGUUAAAGUGUGUGAUUCUACACAGAUUAGUCGGUUCUGGAAGAUGAGAGAGUGUUCCCAAUGCCCCACCUCACAGAGAUAAAAAAAAUGUCUAUAAAGUAUAUUUACCUCUUGGGAGAUAGGCACUAUGUAAAUAAGGUAGUUUUUGUUACUGUAAUUAUUCAGUAUAAUAAUCUUCUCUGAUUUGUAAGCAUUUCUGAAAAAUCACUUCACAGUUCACAAUCGAUCUAUUAUUCAGGGUUCCUCCCAAUGUGUGGGGUAUCAUCCUGGCACACGCAUAUUCAAAGUUUAUGGGUACAUUAAAUACAUAGUAUGUGUACAUAAUAUGUAUGUGAAUAUAGUUAUACAUAAAUAUAUUUCUUCACAAUAUUUUAAACUGUGAAGAACUUUAUCAUACAAUAAACUUAAAACAAGGGUGUCAAAAGACCCAGAUUAGGUGCAUUUUACCUGUUAAUGACAUAACCAUUGCUUUAAAUGUUUAGACAGUAGAAUAUUGAAAUUUAUGCUCUAUUUUUGUUUAAGCAACACUUAAUGUACAAGUGCAACAGGCAGUUGAGUCCAAAUUCCAAAAAAUGUGUACUUUCGAGUUCAUCUUUGGUAAAACUUUUGGUUCAAGGUACAAGUUGUUUAAAAAUUAUUCAGAAUCUUACCUAGAGCUAAAGAAGUUUACAUUGCUGCCCCUUAUACACAUGCUCCAGCUUGAUGAUACAGGUUUUGAUUCCUUCUGGAGAGCCAGUCAGUGUUUAAGAAAACCGUUUAGUAUGUUGGUGUGUGUACGCGUGCAUGUGUGUGUGCAAGUGUGUUAGGAGUCCACUUUUCCCUCUAAAUAACACUACAGGGGUUUUGUCAAAUUAGAUUCACUCUGUAAUUUGGUAAAUUAUUUUGUGUGUGACCUGCAGGUUUAGAAGUGGUAUAGUCAAAACAUUUCAUUCACAUUUCUAAUAUUGUGCUUAUUAAGUAGAUAAGAUGGACCUCUGUUUAUAGCACUAGGAGAAAUAGCCAAAGUUGAGGAUUUUUUUGUAUGUUUCUCUGUUUCCCUAGAAAAUAACAAUUGUUUUUUGGGGGGCAAUGAGGAUUGCCUUCUGUAAAAUCUUUGGAUUAUAUAAAUUCACAAAAAUGAAAAGAGCCCACUUUACUUGACUCAGCCUGUUUAAUGACAUGUGAGCAGAAUGCCUUAUUUUGUAAUCUUGCUUAACUGGUCACUAUGGGGACUUGAAUUCCUGUGGCACUAGUUAAGUAAGUUAAAAAUAGAGUUAAACCCUCUCAUUAUUAAAGAGGAAAGGUGAUGGUGAUGUCUGUAAUUCAAUAUAAACCAUAAUUGUGACUUACCUUAAAUAGGUGUAACUUUUAUGGGAUAUACAGUAUAGUUUUUGUUAAUUCUUUACAUGAUAGCAUUAUCUUUUUAUAUUUUUUUUCCUAAGACAAAUGCAUAGUUUUCUUCUAUGGGGGAUAGCAACAGCUUUUUGAAGUAAUACUGAAAACCUCAAAGAUCAUCUUGAUUCUUAAUUUUUGCCUUUUGCAUAAGCGUCUUUAUAACAUGUAUCUUUAAAACAAUUACUAUGUCUUUAGGAAUGCGUAACCGGAACUAUGUUAGUAUUGCUUAUAAAGCCUUAGUUAGGUUCAAGAUAUACAUGUAUACAUCUAUGUAUAGGUAUAUAGAUUUGCAUUUUGUCUUGUAAAAUUUUAUUUGAAUGAAUUCCUGUAGGUAAUGGGAAACAAAAUUAAUAGUUAAUGUACCACUCAUUGUGUUUCUAUAUUUGAAAACAGCCCAACAUGGAAACUUCCCAUUCUAAAAUUAAACCAGCAGCCUAUUACAAGCACAUUCUUUGAUUGGGUCAUUGGAUAUAAACUUACUAAAUGCAGAGAAGACGACCAGUUCUAGGAAACUUCUGAGUCAGUGGGACACUGUUGAUUAAUUAAUAAUGUACUGUAUGAAUUAAGUGAUGCUUUAACUCUGAUUUUUACAUUUUAAAGUUAAAAUAUGGGCAUUAUGUCAGCAAACUUAAGGGCAUUAUGUCAGCAAGUUAAAACUUCUUUUUCUGUGCUUUUAAUGUGUCUCUUUACAUGAUCUGAGGAGAGGAUUCAGGCUUUUGGGGAGAAGUAGCUGAGGGAAAGGGGUAACAUCUUGGAAAGAAGCUUUUCCUUAUGGCAAUGGUUUAAUUACAGAUUAAAAAAUUAGAAGGAAAUUUCAGUGGAUUCAGUGUAUAGCUUUCAUAUCUCUACAUUUCAAAUUACCAUUAUAACUUGAUGAUUUAUUUUAUGUAAACAUUGCAAAGCAAGGUGUAGAAGCUCAGCUAGAUUUAUUACUGUGCACGAGAGUAAGUACCUAUCUCAGUUAUACGUUUUCUUUUCCAAUAUAAAGUUUGCUGAAUGUACAAGAAGAGUUUAUCACUUAGGACAUAGGUUUUUUUAGGGGUUGGGGGGAUGGGCUGUGUCAGGAAAUGACCUAUAAAUGAAGAUUAUCUUGAUUUGGUCCUAAACAAAACUUGAAGCUAUUCUUAAACUAACAUGGAAAAAUAAAAUGGCUAUUGUUUUAAGCAAUGAUAGAAAUAUAUUGUUGACAAGAUGUGAAUUAAGUUUAUUUUCUACAAACUGUUAUUGAUGAGGACAUGGAUAAUACCUUCAUGUUUCUGAAAAGUAAUCUGUACAUGGGGGGAGGGGAUAAUAAAUAUUAUUUCUAACCAA